AUGGAAAACGAAAACCUUCUGCUAAAGAUCUUGGGAUCAAUAGAAACCUUGAAAAAAGAUCAAAACGAACUCGCCGCAAAAUUUGAUAAUUACAAAACUCAAAGUAAUGAAGAAUUUAAAAAACUGGAUGAACGUUUGAAGCAAAGUUCCGACGUCAAGACCCAGAAAUAUGAAGCCAAAGAUACCACCAGCAAGGUCGUGUCGGAUGUUCAGCAGUCGAAGAUUGCUCCCAAUUCCACCAAGGGAACGGUGACUUUUUUGUAUCCCGAUAGAAUUGUGUUAACGACAUAUCCCGAUCAAUUUGGAAUUAAGCCCAUACCUCUCAAGUGGGCCGAGUUCGAUCCAAUUGCCCGCGGUCCAAUCGUGGCAUCCCGUCAUCCUUCGAGUAUAAAAAUUCGUAAUGCCAUCGGUGCGUACGGUGGUUCCUAUUGUGUUUAUCGCGCAUUGGCCAUCGCUAUGGGUGCACUUGAUCCCAAUCAUCGCCCCGAUUAUAGGAACACCGAACCCACCAUUCAAAUAGGACCUCACCGACAGUGGGGAAUUCCUAAUAGGAUCGUCUCAUUAGAUCCCUUCGGUCAUCUGACGAAUUCUCUGUUCAAGAGUCAAAUAGAUCAAGGAAUUGACAUCCGUCCUACCAUUGCCAUCACCAAAGCGCACAUGAAGCUAGCUGAGAUUGAGAAUUCGGUAAAAUCUGGAAAACUGAGGAUCGACGGUAAUGUCGUGCUCAAUGAAAUGGGCGAGCUGAACGUGGUGAAAGCUGCCGUCGAGCCUGUCUGGUAUUUGCCCGGGGUUGCCGCACGUUUCGGUAUUGACGAGGGUUUGCUGCGUCGCGCGCUCUUUGAAGAUACCGGCGGAAUGUAUCCGGAGCUUAUAACCCGCCCCGACCUCAAGAUCUUUUUACCUCCAAUCGGCGGUCUCACCGUGUACAUAUUUGGAAAUCCAAACUACGUCAGUGACCCGAGCAAACGACUAACCUUGAGGGUUCAUGACGAAUGUAACGGAUCUGAUGUGUUCGGAUCAGAUAUUUGCACAUGCAGACCUUAUCUGAUCUAUGGGAUGGAAGAGUGUGUUAAGGAAGCUCAGAAUGGUGGUUCGGGAGUGAUUGUUUAUUUUCGUAAAGAAGGGCGUGCUCUUGGUGAAGUAACCAAAUAUCUCGUAUACAACGCCCGCAAGCGUGCCACCGGAGGUGACACGGCCGACAAUUAUUUUUUACGUACAGAUAUGCGAUUUCAAGCUUUGAUGCCCGACGUCUUGAACUGGCUCGGAAUCACAAAAAUUGACAGGAUGAUGUCAAUGUCUAACAUGAAACACGAGGCCAUUGUGGAAUCUGGUAUUUCCAUAAGCGAACGUGUUCCCAUUCCCGACGAAUUGAUUCCGCCAGACUCUCGUGUCGAAAUCGAUGCCAAGAUUGCAGAUGGAUAUUUUAGUACCGGAAAAGUCCCCUCGAAGGAGGAUCUUUCACAGGUCAAAGGUAGAGAAUGGGAUGAUAUACAGCAUUGA